GCGGUGGAGAAAUUAGCCAUUAAUCUGCUGGAUUACCCGCAAAGCCGAUGGUUUCUGGAGCGAGCCCCGCGGGCCCGGUGUCCGGUGGGCGGCUGGAAGCUCUGCAAACGUACCGCCUGCUUCAGAGCGUUCACGAGGGCGACCAGGCCCUCAUCGAGCGGCUGCUCGCCACGGGCGUCCACGACCUCAUCAACCUCGCCGAACCGCGAGAGGGCACGUGCGCGCUGCAUGCGGCCUCGGCGGCCAAUCACGCGGACGUGGCGGAGCUCCUGCUCGCUCGAGGAGCCCGGCCCGACGUGCGGGACAAGCGGGGGCGCACGCCGGUGAUGCUCGCCGCAGAGCUCGGGCACGACGGAGUGGUCGCCGUGCUGGCGAAACACCACGCAGACAUGAGGCUGACGGACGGAGCGGGGAGAGGCGUCCUCUUCUACUGCCUCUGCCCCACCAAGCGGCACAUGCGCUGUAUGCAAGUGGCGUUGGCGAGCGCGGUCGACGUCAACAAUGUAUGCAGCGAGGGCGUGCCACUCUUCCUGAAGGCCUGCGAGAACGCUUGCGACUGGGAGGGCAUGUGCCUCAUUCUGCUAGAGAGUGGAGCCGACCCCAGUGCAACCAGUCAGACGACGGGCCGCACAGCUCUGAUGGAGGCGGUGAGGUGUGGGGCGACGGAACUGGUGAAGGCCAUCCUCAAAAGAGGGGCGAACCUCAACGCAGUGGACACCAAGCGUCUCCACGCCGUUCACCUCGCGGCCCAAGGAGGUCACUUCGAACUCAUCCGGAUGUUGUCGGCGUACGCGGCAGACAUGGGGGUGACAACCACAGAGGGCGAUACAGCUCUGCACUAUGCCGCCCGCGGGGACUUUGCUGACUGCUGCCGGUUCUUGGCUCAGAGAGGAUGUAACCCCAAACUCAAGAACCUGGAGGGCGUGACCCCCCGUCAGAUCGCUAAGGAUUUGGGUUAUAAGGCUUCGGUCCGGGAGCUAAAGAAGGCGGAACGCUUGCAUGGUAAGAUCUCACAGGGCUUGGGAGGCAAGACGGAACCGUGGGCCAUAACCCUCCACGACUGGUCUCAUGAGAACGAGGCCGAGCUCCUGAAGGCCUUCCAAUCGGCGUCGUACGGACUCGAUGACGUGGAGACGGUUUCCAAGGAGACGUUCCUCGCUGUUCUCCGGGAGCUCCAGGCACCGGUAGAGGACGAGAACAUCCAGAGAGUCUUGCUUUCACAUGACAAGCGGCGUGAAGGUGUGGUUAACAUCAGAGAGUUCUUUACGGGUCUCAGAUACCUGCCCAGAGCGUUCGUCAUGGCCUCUUAUGAACCAAAGAAAAGGAAAAAAACAGGCGUGGCAGGGAAGCCCAGGAAGAAGAUCAAGGCCAACCUUCCCCUGCCGAUAUGCACUGUCCCUCCGGAACUCGUCCGUCGCCGAGCUGACGGCGGGCCGCCGCACUUUAUGAUAGAGAGCUACCAACUCGUUACGGACACCAGGCGCUUUAACCGUGACCACCCGCCGGGGCAUCAGAUAGAGGAUGACUCAGCCUGGUACAUGGAAGAGCCGGAGAAGACCUACCUGAACAUCAGCUGCUGCGUCAGGGCAGGAGACACAGAGUCCCUGCGGCUGGCCUUUAGCCGGAACGUCCCUGUGGACGUGAAGGACGGCUUCUAUAAGACGCCACUCAUGACCGCCUGUGCCACUGGCAGUUACGAAGUGGCGGAGUUUCUGCUUGAGCUCGGGGCUGAUGUUAAUGCACGUGAUCAGUUCUCCUGGAGUCCCCUACACCAUGCCUGCCACGCUGGACAGCUUGACAUCAUUAAACUGCUGGUGGAGGCUGGCGCUUCGGUGGACACGCCCACUCUUGGUGGGGCCACACCCUUAAUGAGGGCCAUUGAGAGCAGCAGGUUUUGCUGCGUGGACUACCUUCUCAAAGCUGGGGCCACAGUCACCGCAAAGAAUAAAGCAGGGCAGAGCUGCAUGGACGUGGCCCGAGCUUACGCAGACUUUAGGACAGUGGAGUUGAUCCGGACCAGGAUUGAUAGCCUCCCCAAGCCAAAGGCCCGCAUGAAGGGCCGAGCUGGCAGACCUCAGCCCAGGGUCCACCCAGCCACCUUCCCCUCCUCUAAGGAGAAGGGGGCAGCGUCUACGCCGCAUGCAGAGGAGGCAGAGAUGAAGGUGGAGGCCUCGGAGAACAGCGUGGUCAUGUGCCGCACACAGAUCACCCGUGGAGAGCCGAAGAAAGCUGACAUCAGCUUCACACCCAGAACGGUGUGGUGGAAGCACCUGACCUCCAGCCAGCUGAUGGAGCAGAAGCAGAGGAGACGUAAGCAGCUCGGAUACGAGGUGGACUUCGACGACCUCAGGAUGCCCUUCAAUAAGAACAUUCGGAAGAAGAUUGCGGAACUGUCACUGAGCUCCGAGUAGCUUCCGACUCCUGAAGGACACGCCACACCUUUCCCUUAGCAGAGCAUACCGCAUGUCCUCAUCACAGUGACGGUGCUUCCGUUCAUAUACGGACACCGUGCACUGACAAGAUUUCCUUUAUGAAAAAUUGCACGUCAGUGUGGAAGAAAAUCAUGACCAUCCAGCUCAGAUGCGUAUAUUUUCAUCAUCACAUUUUGUUAUCAGGGUCGAACAAGAACAUGGCAAUAAGCUUGUUUUUUGCAACAUUUAUAUAGUGCGACAUGUUCUGUGUCAUUUGUAAUGGUGCAUUUACGUUGCAGCAGAGGAAAAAGCUUUAUUACACCCCCUACUGGCCACUUUGGGCGUGUGCUGCAAAGAAGGCCUGCGAGUUUAUCAUCCAGGCACACCAUUUCAGACACUUCACCUUCAUGUUUCUUUUGUUUGUUUAUAAAUGUCUGUGCUCGUAAUACAGACACAGAAACAUGAAUCCUCUCCAUCACAGCACUGACGUGGCAGGAUGAAUCGCACCACUCGAUGCUGAUUGGCUACUGUCCAAGCAAAACUUGCUUGUUAUUUGCAUAAUGUUGAGAGAAGCUCAACUUCUUCUCUUGGAUCUCCGAGUGCUCGCUCCCACAAUUAUCUGUCUGCUUAGAUAGCGAGAGGCGGAGCAAACAUCAUAGUGUUUUGCUGCAAUGUAAACAUACCAUAAGGGUGAAGGCGGGUGUAGACAUGUCUGAACAUUAAUAUCAAACACGAUGACUGAUAACUUGAAUAUUCUGGUGAUGUUUUGCGGCAGGUCUGUUUGUGAAAUAAAAGAUUCCCUUGUAA